AUGCAUACCAACACCGACUUUAGUGACGACGAGAUGGAUCAUAAUGUGAAGGCUAUACGGCGUUUUCCGACUUCCACCCAGAAGAUUAUUGACCUUAUCUUACGCAAAGUCGAGAUCAACCUCCGCAACGCGGCUUACAAGCAAUGUGCAGGAAGUAAAGCCGCUCACACCCAAGGUAGAGGCACACUCUCUUCAAGCCAGAGCAGUCGUAAAACAUCAGUGAGCUCAGGAACCAAACGCAAGUCCCGUUCAGAAGGCAGUCCGCCACCAGAGGACGAUGACGACGAUGGUUCAAACAAGCGACGCCGGGGCUCCACGGCAACUACCACCGACGAUUCUGAGACUGGAGCAAAGUUUGCGUGUCCGUUCUACAAACAUGAACCGGACAGGUAUCGCAACAGGCGCACUUGUCCUGGACCUGGUUGGCCAUCCGUCCAUCGGAUGAAAGAACACCUCUAUCGAUCACAUUCCCAGCCGAUAUUCUGUCCAAUCUGCUACGAGACCUUCACUUCAGACAAGGCGCAAUCAACUCACGUACGUCUGCGACAGUGCGAGAAUUCACCGCCUCGGGAAAUUGAAGGAAUCGACCGUGAGACUAUUCGGACCCUGAAGAAGCGCACCCCUGCGUAUAUGCUAGAGGAGGACAAGUGGAGAGACGUAUAUCAGGUCCUCUUUCCAGAUGUGGCUGACGCUGAGAUACCCAGUCCAUUCUACGAUUGCGAUUCACCAAGCGAAACAUCGCGACGCUUCCGCAGAGAUCUUCUGCAUCGCGUACAUCAAGAACUGCUUGUCGAGGCCGGACAAGUACCUAGUCCUGUCAAGCGAGAGAUUAUGCAGCGCGUGGCCCAAAUCGUGCGCCGUUGCGAGCAAGAUCUGCUGAAUCAAGCGCAACCGACAUCUUUCAAUCCCACGCGACGUAGUAGCGUCAUUUCUAUAAGUAGUGCGCCCCAUGCCCCGCCUCUACCCGAGCCUACUCCGAUUGUCGAGCCAGAUGCUCCGUCGUUCAUUCCCGAGCCUACGAUCGAUUGGGGCUCCUGGAACUACCCGUCAUACAAUCCAUUCGGUCUAGGAAUCGAUUGGGAAGCUGCGUUCCCAUCUGGGUCUCAGAUGCAGUAUACAGGUAGUGACGAGACGGCUGCAAGCUUUUUGGUGCCAAUGCGGACGUAG